AUUUUUCUCAGGCAAUAACUUGCAAUUGUUGGAACAUAAAAUAAAUACAGAGUUAAAGAAAAUAAAAAUUUGGUUUGACACUAAUAAAUUAUCAUUAAAUUAAAGCAAAACAAAAUUCUUAAUUUUUUGGUAUGGUAGGGCUAAACUAGAAUUAGAAGUUAAUUUAGAGGGAUUUCAGGUUGAAAGGGUGACUGAAAUAAAUUUUYUUGGAGUAAUAAUUGAUGAAAAAAUAAGUUGGAAAUCUCAAAUCAGACAUGUAAAAGCCAAAGUGUCAAGGGGAAUUGAAUUAUUAUAUAAAGCAAAACAGGUUCUGAACUACAAAUCUCUACAUAUUCUUUACUGUUCCAUAGUUCUUCCAUAUUUAACUAAUUGUGCAGUAGUUUGGGGCAAUAAUUACAAAACAGUUAUACAACCAUUUUUCAUUUUGCAAAAGAAAGCAACAAGGAUAAUUCAUGGGGUUGGAUAUAGGGAUCAUACCAACUCAUUAUUCUUUUUGUCAAAAUUAYUCAAAUUUACAGAUCUUGUAGAGUUACAAACAGCACUAAUAACAUUUAAAGCAAAAAGAAAAUUAUUACCAGGCAAUGUUCAGAAAUUAUUUGUUGAAGGAGAAGGGAUUUAUCAUUUAAGGGGUCAAUUUAAUUUUAAAUCAAGGUUUGUUCAAACAAUUCGAAAAGGGUUUUAUAUUUCUGUUGGUUGAGUAAAACUGUGGAACAGUCUGAGUGUGGAACUUAAGGAAUGUCCAAACAUAAGACAAUUUAAGGAGAAGUAUAGAACUAUUAUUUUCAAAAGAUAUAGAGAUGCUCAGUGUGUCUGAUCUUGUGUGUAUAUAUAUGUAUACAUGUGUGUAUACAUACAAUAUCGUUUCUUUUUUUGUUUUGUGGUUGCUUUGUUUUGCAAUAUAUGUUAUGUUUGGGACUGGGUAUAUAUGUUGUAUGUAUUCAUUCAUGUGUGUAUGCGUAUGUGCUGCACAUAAAUGUAUGUUUAUCUAUAUAAAUAUUUUCUGUAUUAUAUAAUUCAGUAGGUAAACAGAUUGUUUAAAUCUUCAUGAAAUUGUGUUUAUGAAUAAGAAAAAAAUCAGAAUUAUUUAUUAUUAUUUUUUAAUAAGCUAUGAAGAAGG